UGUCGUCCGUGAUAAUAAUAACUAAGUGCAAAACCGUUGUAAAGACACCUUUUCCAAUACAUCAAUAGGCAUUUACAUCUAUCCGUAGUGUCAAGAAUCAACUCUGAGGUUUUUUUCAUACAAUUCAAAGCAUAAUUUAACUGCGAACGACCAAAGUCCCCAAAUAUGACAGGAGAACACGUUAUUAAAUCAUACAGGUGGCCAGAUGUGAGCUUCUGAAUGCGCUGUGAUCAUUUCCUGGCACUAAGACCCAGUGGAAUGGCCAUCGCUACGCUCGAGCUCUGUCCUCACGAGGGACUCCUUUUCGCCUCCGCGCGGUGAUUGGGUGGAAGAUGGCGCUGGGCGAAUGGAAAUCCUAAUGACAGUUUCUAAAUUUGCCUCUUUUUGUACCAUGGGCGCCAAUGCCUCCACUUUGGAGAAAGAGAUUGGCUCGGAACAGUUCCCAGUCAACGAGCACUAUUUUGGACUGGUCAAUUUCGGGAACACCUGCUACUGCAAUUCAGUGCUUCAGGCACUUUACUUCUGCCGGCCCUUCCGUGAGAAGAUCCUUGCGUACCGGAGCCAGCCGCGCCGCAAAGAGAACCUGCUCACCUGUCUGGCCGACCUGUUCCACAGCAUUGCUAACCAGAAGAGGAGAGUAGGCGUCAUCCCACCAAAGAAGUUCAUCACAAGACUUCGGAAAGAAAACGAACUCUUCGAUAACUACAUGCAGCAGGAUGCACAUGAGUUCCUCAACUACUUGCUAAACACUAUCGCAGACCUGCUUCAGGAGGAGAGAAAGCAGGACAAACAGAAUGGCAAACUAGCCAAUGGCACGCUUGACUCACAGAAGAAUAAUGGUGCCCCGCCUUCCACCACCUGGGUACAUGAGAUCUUCCAGGGCACACUGACAAAUGAGACGCGCUGCCUCACUUGCGAAACGAUAAGCAGCAAAGAUGAGGACUUCUUGGAUUUAUCCGUUGAUGUGGAGCAAAACACUUCAAUCACGCACUGCCUCAGGGGUUUCAGUAACACAGAGACCCUGUGCAGUGAAUAUAAAUACUACUGUGAGGAAUGCCGAAGUAAACAGGAGGCACACAAAAGGAUGAGAGUAAAAAAGCUACCCAUGAUCUUAGCACUACAUCUAAAGAGAUUUAAGUACAUGGAACAGCUGCAGCGCUAUACUAAGCUAAGCUACCGUGUGGUCUUCCCUUUGGAGCUCCGCCUCUUCAACACAUCUGGAGAUGCAACCAAUCCUGAGAGGCUUUACGAUCUUGUUGCAGUGGUGGUGCAUUGUGGAAGUGGUCCAAAUCGUGGACACUACAUUGCUAUUGUAAAGAGUCAUGACUUCUGGCUGCUGUUUGAUGAUGACAUUGUAGAGAAGAUUGAUGCCCAGGCAAUAGAAGAGUUCUAUGGGCUUACCUCGGAAAUCUCCAAGAACUCUGAGUCAGGCUAUAUUUUGUUCUACCAGUCCAGAGACUGAGAUUGUUCAGAGGAGUGCCCCCUCAUGGACACCUGGGGAACAGGCCUGCCCGCAUUCACAGUCCUGUUGCAUCCCACCUGUGCAGGCUGGCUCAGUUACUGCAGCUCUGCCAAGCCCUGCCCCACCCCCACUCCCCACU